AUGUCGGAAAAGGUUUCACAGAAUGAUCUCCUAACCAAUAUCACAACACUUAUGGAUGCAAGAUUAUCGGUUUUCCAACAAAAUAUACAGGCCUCCCAGAAAGAUAUUUCAACAUUACAGAUGAACCGAAUUCAAGACACAAUAUGUGAUAAAUACUCAUUUCAACGGAAGGGUAAUGAGAAUCAGUAUCGACACGAAGCCAAAGUUUUAACAAAGCUGAGAGAAACUCAAGCACAACUUGAUGAACCAGGGCUAGACAUAGGCGGUUUGGAGGUAGCAAAAUCAAAAUUAAAAGAAGGUAUUGAUCUAGUUCUAGAGAGGCAGAAAUUGAUUAAAUUGGCUGACUCUUCUGAAUUGGGAUGA